CCGGCACGGCCGAGCAGGGAGAGACCCGCCAGGUGGAGGAGCGUGCCUCUUUGGAGGUUUCUUCUGCCCUUUGAUGCCUAUUUGCAGUGCUAGUUAGUUUGAGCGGAGCAUUGCAGGCUGUAUGUACCGAGUAGUUCAGACGACGGGACCAGAUGGAAAAAACCUUCUGAAAUUACUUCCAAUUUCUAAAUCUUCUGGAAGCUUUGUGCCAAUAGUUCAGUCUUCAGCCAUGCCAAAUAAUUCUAAAGCAAAUAUUUCUAGUCCAGUCCAUCUUACUUUUAAGACACAGCUUGCCAAUACUACUGCACCUUCAUCUGUUAAGAUACCUGUUUUUCAGUCUCCUAAUCCUGGAAAGAUUAUUCUUACAAGGACAUUAGACAAACAGGAAAGCGUUAGGGCAGGUUCUGAAAAAGAAAGCCUAAUUCCAAAAUCAGCUGCUAACAUCCAGAGCAGUUGUGUUUCAGUUGAUAGACUGUCUUUGCAGAACAUUGCUGUAGCAAGUUCAUCUAACCAGAGUAACACUGCAUACAUGUUGGUAAACACAAAAAGUCUUCCAGUUACUGUGAAGUCUCCAGUACUGCCCUCUGGCCACCACCUCCAGAUACCAGCUGAUGCAGAAGUGAAAUCUGUCCCAGCUUCUUUUUUACCACCUGCAAUACAGCAAAAGAUACUUGCAGCUGCAGCAACAAAUGUGUCUGGAGGAGCUGACAGUACAAAAAUGCCAACUGUUAUUUACGUGUCACCAGUGAACACAGUGAAAACAGUACUUCCCAAGCGUUUGCAAGCCAUUUGCCCAAAACCUGCCACAGAAGUUUCAAAAACAUUAAUAAUGACAGCUACACAAAAGGGAAAUAGUUCUUCUCCUGAGACAGUAACAUCUGAUGGUCAGCAGUGCCAGCAAACUCCAAUGAAAUGGAUUGUGCAAGAAAGUCCACAGUCAUCAGCGCCUUGCCUUAUUCCUGUGAAGUCAUCAAAUAAUAUGGCUUCCAAGAUCUUGAAAACUUUGUCAGACAUGAAGAAUGUAGAAGUUAACUCUGCAAAUAUUUUACCACUCUGUUCUAGUGGUCCUGGUGGAAGCCAAACAAAAAUCACACCUAUUAAAGAUAAUGCUCUGGUCAUGUACAAUGGGAAAGUCUAUCUGUUGACCAAAAGAGGCUCUGAUGUUCUGUCAGCCCAAGCUGACAAACAAGCAUCUUCCUCUUCUGAUGCUUCACUUAAAAAGGAGACAUCCAAGCUAAUUGAUUCUACUGCAGUCAAUAAAAUAACCAAUAAAGUAGUGAAUCUGGUAUUGUCAAAAAGCAAAGGAAUGGUGCUGUCUCAGAAAGAUCCAAAAACGUGUACAAACUCAAAAAAUUCUUCACCAACUGGCUUAAGAAAUGACUUAAAAUCUGCACCUGCAGCUCUGGUGACACCAAGUGCUAAUCAGCAGAAUUCCACUGUAAACCAGAGAAAGAGUUUGCCCUUCACCGAGAGCAUUUCAAGUGGAGUGACCCCUAUUACAGCAGUAGGGACACAGGAAAAUGUAUGCCAAAAUGGCAAAGAAAAGAUUCAUUCCCCCAAAGCAGCAAGUGCUGUUUUACCUCAGUCUAAGCAAGAGUGUGCUUUCAGUGAAGACUGGCAAAAGAUCCAGUGUGAAAAGAUGGAUUCACCGGGAAAGGUUAUUCAAAUCAAACACCAAGAGAAGCCACAUUGGAAACAAUACUUGGAAUUAAGGAAAAAAUUUGGUCUCUCUAAGGAGGAGAGAGUGUACCUUAAGAGAAUACCAUUAAGGACCUCCUGUGAGAAACCAGAAGAAAGGGUUUGUUCCAGUAACAACUUGAAAAGGAAAAAUGAUUCUUGCAGUUCAUCAUCGUUAGAUGUGGAAAUAACAAGUCAACAUCAGGAAUGUGUUAAAGAGGAAAAGAUAAUUGUGGAUCUGGAAGAGGAUUUGACUAAGAAAAGAAAAAUAAAAUCCUCACCACUGUCAGACAGUGGAAAGAGAAGGAAAACUUCAGUCAAAUCAACCACAAGUUCAAGUUCAGAAAAUACCAGCUCAAGUUCCAGCGUACUUAACAGAAGUGUUUCACCUCCACCAGUCUUACCGCAGCAAAGUAUUUCCACAGACUUUGUUAUAUCGUCUCUAGGGAGGGACUCUGAGCAAGACCCAUAUUCUCAAUACAGUGACGUUACAGACUCAAGUAUUCCAGUUUUAGUGUCUUGUGAAGAUGAUACUUCAAUUCUUGAAGGUUCUUUCAGAGAUGAUGCUUUCCCUUUGACUCCCCCAGACUUGGAUGAAACAAUACGGGAUGAAAAAAUAAAACGACUUAAACAGCUCUUAAGAGAACGAGAAGCAGCACUUGAGGAGAUGCGUAGAAAAAUGCAGCAAAGCUGAAAUACUGAAGCUGGUGAUCUGGACCAUAUUCAUCUUCGUUUCAGUGACUUCAAGAAGAAAUUCCUUGUUUAAACGAACAUGAAUAUUUCUGGUAGAUGGAAGAUCUUAAUAAGAUUUACAGUAUGUGUGUAUUUAGAAAAGUAUAGGUUUCUUGUUAAAUACCAGAAAUAAAAGACUUGAACCAUCAAAUUCUGCUUCUGGGACAUUAUAUGUAUCAAAGAAUGCAGAUGAUAGGCAUUUUUAUUAGUGUAUUCUCUAUAUUUUGAAUUGAGGGGUUUCUGUAUUAGUCCUAGCAAAUAAACUUUCCCUCUUUGGAAUUCCAUGGCCUAUCUUUUAGAAACUGAAUGUAAAUUGCAAACCGCAAUUGUAGAUAUUUUUUUGUUUUCCUAAUGUGCAUGACAAAUUUGUGAAUUCCUGAGAACUGUCAAUUGUCAUAAAAGGUCAAUGGUCAGUGUUCAAUAAAUGCUAUUUAAGUCA